UGUGCUGCUUACACCCCAGCCCCAACACUCGACCCGUUGUUAGCACACGACCUUUUCACGCCCCCGAGGAGGAGGAGGAGGAGCCGCAGUCGUAGGGAUUCGUGCGCGUUACCUAAAAUGGACGGGGGCGAUGACUUCUUCACAGGAGCAGAGGACGCUCCAGAGCAGCAACAGGGGGGUUACAGUGACCUGGGAGGUGGCGAAUACGGCGCGACCGGCGGCGACUACGUCGGGGGAGACUUCAACGGGGGCGGCUUCGACCAGCAGGCCAACGGGGAGGUGGCGCAGGCCAACGGCACCGGCUUCGACAACGGGAUGGGCUUCCAGCAGGACAAUAUGGGCUACGCGACCCUAGAUGACCCAUCCGGCGGCAGCGGCGGCAACGGCGGGAUGGGGGAGAUGCCGGACAUGGGCAUGCCGGCGCCCGAGGAUGUGGAGCCCAGCGCCCUGGAUGAGUUCAUGGAGAGGUGGCAGGCCGGUCUCGUGGAGAAGGCGAGGAUAGAAGCCGAGGCCAAGGCAGCUGCGCUGGAGGCGGCGAAGGCGGACCUCGAGACCCACUCGGUGGAGAGAGCCGCCAACAAGGAGGCCAAGAUGGGUCGGAACAGGGAGCAGGAGCAGAUUUUCCUGGAGCAGCUGGAGGGGGAACUCGAGAGCGAGAACCCGUGGGAACGGGUGGUAAGCCUCGUCGACACGCAGUCCGAAGUCGUGGAGGACUUCAAGGACACAAGCCGGAUGACGUCCAUUCUCAUCCAGCUCAAAAACGACCCCAUCGACACCUCCUCGACAGCAGUGGCGUCGUAAUUCUUGCUCGCUACCCCUAACCCGUUUUUUUAUUGUCGAAGAGCAUGCCACCUGUAGCGUUCGUACUCUCGGCCUAUCCAUGCCCAAGGUAGGACUUCAAGCGAAGAUUGCCGUUCACCCGUUGCCCGCCGACAUCGCAGUUUCACUGCGCCAGCUCAAGUUUUCAUUUUCUGGCCUCGGCGGUUUGAUUUUGUCCGUCGGUGCUGCUGCUUGCUGUAGGCGUACAUCGGUCUCCCCCCCCCCCAGCGCAGGAAGGGGGGUUGGGGAGGGCCGGUCGUCCAGGGGUUGGAGAGAUUGUUCUCGGAAAGGUCUCGAAAAUUUCGUCGGGUUCUGCUGUCUGUGUACGCGCGAAUCAUUGUACAUGGAAGCCGCGCCGCGCAAGUACAACCAUAUAGGUACAUAGGUACGAUGCACGCACCUGGUGUAGUAGAGCUUGUUUCGGCCUUGGUCUGGAAGAACGACCUUGUCAUUGGGUGGCCUUACCCGUUAGCUUUGGUCCAUCUAUUGUUUUGGCAUUGUAUUAUUUUCUUUUGUUUCUUUUCUGGUAUUCCUUGCGAGAAAACGACCAAAAUUGUUCGCUGCUGUGCUGCGGCCCACCCCAAGAGGGUGCACCGUGGACGCGUCCGUUCAGGGACGGCAACGUACCUCGCUGAUUCACGGAGCACCCUUGGAAUGUGACGUUUGUUUUUGUCCAUGCAAGAGGCGCAGCGUGUACAAGAACAGGUUGCUUACGGCUCGCUCUUUUCUGGAGUCAAAACAUGCGAGAAUGUCGGAACACGCGCGGCGUUGCUUGAAAGUGCCCUCCAUGGACUCUGCGUGGAUGAAGUGUUGGCUAAUAUGAGAAAUACCUGAGCUAUAACUUGGCAACAUGAUAAGACUAUAGCAGGCACGUUUGCCAAUAGCCGCUGAAAAAUAAGACGUUCGACAAGGUUUUUGGUUAUUCUCCUCCGACGCAAGAUGCAC